UUCACGACAUCGACAGCGUCAUGGAUUCCGUGAAGAUUUCGCUGCUGCUGCUGUGCGUGUCUGUGUGGAUUGGAAACGGAAACUGUCUGCUUCAAUACUGCAAGUCAUGCACGGUGUGGAGCCCUACUAACGCGCUGUGCAGAUACUGCUGUGUAAAUGUCUACCAGUGCUGUGAAAACCCAGGAAGGAACACUGCUGACUGUGAUCAACUGCCCUGUCCGUGUAAAACAGACACAACGGCGACCACUCCGGCAACUACCACCCCGACAACUACCGCUCCGACAACUACCACUCCGACAACUACCACUCCGACAACUACCACGCCGACAACAACUACUCCAACAACUACCACACCGACAACUACUACUCCAACAACUACCAUAGCGUCAACUACGACACAGACAACUACCGCACCAACUACCACUCCAACCACGCCUCCUACAGUGACAACCCAAACAACUGCUACAGUUACGACUGCAACAGCGUCAGUAACACCAGAAGACCCAGCGCAGACAUCGACAGCUCCGACGUCGACCAUGGCCAUAACGACCCCCGCACCGAGGAACUGUACUUUACCAGGAGCAGGAGUACGGAAGCGUAUCCUCGGGGGUGCGGAUACAACAGUGUGUGAACGUCCGUGGAUGGUGCGCUUUGUCCUUACCCUUGAUUUUGGUCCUCUAGCACCACCUAUAAAAUCAACCAUCUGUAGUGGAGCGCUCAUCAGCAACACACAGAUACUUACUACAGACAAAUGUGCUGAGGAAAUCAAAACCGCUAAGGCAGGUUCGUUUCCAGUACAGGCUUAUUUCGCAGAUACAGAUGCCACUAAAGAUGAAACCCUUCAGACUGUUAGAGAUAUAGACGACCCUGCUGUAACAGGCAACGUUGCCACUGUUACGUUCAGUCCGCGAGUUCCUGAAGGUGAUGAUCUGUGUAUUCGUCGAAUAUGUCUCCCUGAUGAGACGACGGUGUUCACAGAAGAUGAUAAACAGAUGUGCAAAACCGCAGGCUGGGGUGCUAAAGUAAAUGAAGGCCUACCUUCUAACGUCAUCCAGGAAGCAGACACAACCCUAAUGCCGUCUGACGCCUGCAAAUAUGUGAUGCAAGUUCUUGGAGGGAUACCCAGUUUAAACGUCACUGCAGCACCCCCAGGUGCAAUUUGCUCCAAGACAGGAACAUCUAUUUCGACAUGCCCGGUACAGUAUAUUUAAAGAGAAUCAAAGUUUAGUCCCUCUAUUAAUCAAAGUUUAGUAAUAGAGGGACUUAUCUAGAUAGACAAAAAUAGCUACUGUCUAUCUUACCACCCCUACUAGUUACGACCCUGCAGGGCUAGAAAUGUUCAAAUAGUAAGUAAAAAAUGUAUUUUAGACUUAUCCAGGUGGACAAAAAUGGCUACUGUUCCCUGCCACUCUUACUAGUUACAGGCCUGCAGGUACAAUAUGGCCAACUGAAAAUAAGACAGGAUUGGGAAAAUUAGGACCUCUAAAAUGCAUUAAGUUGUAACAGAAUCUUGAGCUAGAUGAGAUAACCAUACGUAAAUCUUUCUUUUAUAAAAUGACCUGUGAUUUUGUGGUACUUUUAGCAGGUGAAUGUUUGCUUGGUCUAAACCGCCCCACCCCCCCCCCCCCCCCCCCCCCCCCAAAAAAAAAGAAAACCAAAAAAAAACCCGGCCUGCUUUUCGCUUUUCUCAGGCCAUUAUU